UGUCAUGCUCGGUGGGAGUCACAGGAGGGGAUCUCCGUGAAUUCAGUCAAAAGCAGCGAGGAGACUGAAGAGUCAGCGCUGACUGACCUGCAGAGAUGGCAGAGAGGAAAAGGAAGAAACCAGGUACUCCUCAGCAUGUGAUGUCUGAACAGCCAAUCAGCUCAGGCAAAGAGCUAACGAGUGACACAGCGUCCACAGCGCCCUCUGUUCUUUCAAUGAAGAGUGCUGAAUCCAUGUUCCAUCCCAUGAACUUUGUUCACAAAAACAUAAGUGACACAGAAUUCACAGCGCCCUCUUUUGUUUCAAUGAAGAGUGACUCAUCCGGCGACGAGCCAAGGCAUUCUGGUCACAUAGAUAAACAAAGCCAGCUGACAGAGCAGCCAUCCAGUUGUUCAGUAUGUGAAGAGUCUCUAAGUGAUCUGGUCCAUCUGGCCUGUGGACACUGGUCAUGUAAACAGUGUAUCAGCUCAGACUGGGAACAGGGGAAUACACCAGCAGACUACCCCUGCAAGACGUGUGGGAAGAAAAUCAGAAAAGAAGGGGCCAGGGGAGUAUCAAAGACAUUUAAAGAAGAAAUGAAGAAGAAGUUCACUGUAGUAUCUGAGGGAAUUGGUGACCAGAAGAACAUCCAGGACAAGAUAUACACAGACCUCUUGAUCACCACUCAGGAGAGUGAAGGGCCUCACGAAGAACACGUGUUCAGGGUUAUGAAACAAAAAUGGGAAGAAAAAUCAGAGAAAGGAAACGUUGACCUCAGUGACAUCUUUAACACUUCACCUGGCCAAAAGAAAAGAACUGUCCUGACGAAGGGCGUGGCAGGAAUUGGAAAAUCAUUUUCUGUGCAGAAAUUCAUUCUUGACUGGGCCGAGGGACGAGAAAACCAGGACAUUGAUUUCAUUUUUUUUCUUGCUUUCAAAGAGCUUUAUUUUAGCAAAGACACCACAAGCCUUAGUAGGCUUCUGACUGUUUUUCAUCCUGUACUUCGUGAUCUGAGCGAUUCAGGAGAACUCAUGAAAGCCAGAGUCAUUGUGAUCCUGGAUGGCCUGGAUGAAAGUCGGAUUGAGCUGGACUUUAAGAACAACAAAUUAGUAACAUCUGUCACUGAAGUAACGUCUUUGGUGAAUCUCAUUACAAACCUCAUCCAAGGUAACCUUCUUCCAGAAGCUAAACUCUGGAUAACGUCCCGUCCAGCAGCAGCUGAUCAGAUCCCUGCAGAGUUUAUUGACAUGGUUACAGAGAUCAGAGGGUUCACUGACCCCCAAAAAGAAAAGUACUUCAAGAAGAGGUUCGGUGAUAAACUGGGUCUUGCUGACAGAAUAAUUUCACACAUUCACAAAUCACCAAGUCUUGACAUCAUGUGUCAGAUCCCGAUCUUCUGCUGGAUUUCUGCUGAAUUAUUCCAGGAGACCUUUGGAGGUGAUGAGAAGGCUGAAAUCCCUCAAACUCUCACAGAGAUGAUGGCGCAUUACCUGUCUGUUCAGAUAAAACGCAUAAACAGAAAAUACUGUAAAAAGACAGAGGAAGACAGAGAGCAACUACUGACAAAACACAAAGACUUCCUCCUGAAACUUGGCAAGCUUGCAUUCAUCCAGCUGCAGAGGAACAACCUCAUCUUCUAUGAUGAAGACUUUGAGAAAUGUGGCAUCAACCUGAAAGAGGCAACCAUCUAUUCCGGAUUCUUCAACACAGUCCUUAGAGAAGAACAGGUCUUUUCACAGGAAAAGAUCUUCUUCUUUGUGCACCUGACCAUACAGGAGUUCUUUGCAGCACUUUUUGUCCACGACUGUUUGACAAAUCAGAAAACAGAAGAGCUCAGAGACUUCCUCAGUGUAAAGGACAAAGAACACAGCUUAUUUGAUCUUCUGAAGAUGACAGUUGAGAAAGUUCUGGAGAAGAAGAAUGGCCACUUGGACUUCUUCAUGCGCUUCCUCCUUGGCCUCGUGGUUGAACCCAAUCGAAGAAUUCUUCAGCGUCUGCUCACAUCACCAGACUCAAGCCAAGAUACUGAAAAUAAAAUUUUGAGGUACCUCAAAGAAAAACAAAGGAAGGCCCUUCCUCCAGACAGUAGUAUCAUCCUUUUCCAGGCCAUGGUUGAGAUGAGGGACCACAGAGUCAAAGAUGAAAUCCAGAAAUAUCUUGAAAUACCAGAACGUUCCACAAAAGAGUUGACUCCCCUUCACUGCUCAGCACUGGCCUACAUGCUGCAGGUGUCAAAGAAUGAUCUGGAAGAGUUUGACUUAAAGAGCUACAACACAACAGAUGAAGGAAGGAAGAGACUCAUACCAGCAGUGAGGAUCAGCAGGAAGGCUGUACUAGCACACUGCAACGUGACAGAAGAGUGGGUUGAAGACUUGGCCUUUGGUCUGAAGUUCCCCUACUUACCUUUAAGAGAUCUGGAUCUGAGCACCAAUGAUCUGAAAGACUCUGGAGUAAAGCUGCUUUGUGAUGGACUGUCAAGUCACUGCUGCAGACUGACAGCACUAAGGUUGUCAGGCUGUAUGGUUACAAAAGAAGGCUGUGCUGAUCUGGCCUCAGCUCUGAAGUCCAACCCCUCCCAUCUGAAAGAGCUGGACCUGAGCUACAACAAUCUUGGAGAAUCAGGAAUGAAGCAACUGACCAAGCUGAUAGACAAACAGGAAUACAAGCUCAAAACACUCAAUGUUGAUCACUGUGGAAUUCACAGGAUGAAGCCAGGAUUAAAGAAAUAUGCCGUUAAGCUCACCUUUGACCGCAAGACAGACCACAAGAAUCUCAAUCUGUCUGAAGGGAACAAAAAGGCAGCCUGGGUGGAAGACAAAGAAAUGUACGAUCACUGUCUGGUGAUGUGUAAACAGGCUUUAGAUGGGCGCUGCUACUGGGAGGUUAAAGUGUCAGAGCCCCUCAUAAUUGGGUUAACAUACAAACCCACGGCCAGUGAUGUGAAUGAUUUCAAGCUGGAAUCCAAUGAUGAGUCUUGGUGUUUAAGUUGCUCCCGUGUUGGUCGUUAUUUUCUGCAUGGUGAUCAGGCAAUCAAUGUUUCUUCCCUUUGCUCAGGUUUAACUCAGGUGGGAAUGUACCUGGAUAGGCCAGCUGGAACUCUGUCAUUUUAUAGAGUUUCCUCUGAAGGCAAGUCCCACCUCCAUACCUUCAACACAGCGUUUAUUAAGCCCCUUUAUCUUGCUGUUGAACUACAUCCUGGUUCCUCUGUAUCAAUAUGCCAGCUAACAUGAACGCUGCUUUCACCUGAGCAACCAAAGGUGAAGAUUUACAUAUGCAGGUGCAUCUCAGAAAAUUAUUAGAAAUCUUAACAACUAGUAUUGUGAGAAAAUUAGCAUGAUUACUAGGGGUGUGAAUCUUUCCUUCACAAGAUGAUUCAAUUCAAAUCUCAAAUCACAGAAUACGAUUCAAUUCAUUAAAAGACAGAAUGAUUCGAUCCAUCCCAAUUCUGUUCGGUUCGAUCCGGUACAAACUUAUUAUAAAUUGAUUUGAUCUUAUCUAUAAAUCAGACUAAAUCCCAAGCCUCCCAUGCAAACAAUCAGAAAUUAUGUUUAAGAAAGUUUUCAUCACACGUAUGCCCAUGUGUCUUACUUUGACAUUAAAUUGGGAGAUAAAUAUUAAAAUGAGUUUCUAGUGGUACAUGUUGGUCCUUCUGUACUUGUAACUUUUUUAGCAUUAUUAAUCCCAAUAACAGUCCAACUAAAUAUCAAAUUUUCCCAAGAAGCACAAAUUAAAAGGAAUUGAUAAUACAGUAUCGAUAUGUCGAUAUUCAAAAAGUACUUUUUUGGUAUCGAUCCCUCUGGCAAAGUAUCGAUACCAAGUGAGUACUAUUUAACACGUCUCACCACCGCUUCUCCUCCGAGUGCCUCCCUGCCUCUCUCUCCUCAAGACUGUUUUGGUUUUACUGCUUGUCCGCGUCAGGUGACUUUGGAGACCAAUCAGACAUGUCUUACCUGUUCGUCCGUGUCACAUGACUUUGGAGAUCAAAACAAUUCUGCCAUACCAUGUGACUUUGGGGACCGAUCAUAAACGAGUGACAGACUUCAGCAACUCCAUUCGCUCCCAUAUCAAGUCAUCUUAUAGUCUGUGAUGUGAACCUGGCUGCCUUUCUCACUCAAUGUGGUCUCCAGUAAAUUUCAAAAUUGUAAGAAAACAUUAAAAAUCCUGAAACCACAUGCCAAUACCAUAAAAUGUAUAAAGACCGCGUUCUAGAAACAUAAAAAGAUAAAUAUUUGUAUGAAAAUCACUGAUGACUUGUAUUUCUUACAUUUUUGCUUGAAACUGGUGGCUAUAGGUGGCUAAUACAGCACUUCUAUUUGAAUUAAACUAAAAUGAAAUCUGCAUUUUUAUGUUGUUGACAUUUCAAUGUUACAAACAUGUUUGUGCUAUGAUGGGGGCGACGUUCUCAUUAUAGGCAAUGCAUGUACAUUGAAAAUGAAUCAUAACUUGCUCAUUUCUCAACCGAUUUUCAUGCGGUUUGCUUUGUGGUCAGCGUCAAAACAUGUGCUAUUAAUACAGAACAUUUGAAAAAAACAAACAAACAAAAAAAAAAAAAACAGAAAGGGCUUUCUACCAGUGUAGCCUACAAUUUUAGUUAUUUUACUCUUUAAGUCCAGAGGUCUGGGAAUCGUUUCAGCCAUUAAAUAUUUAUAAAUGUAUAUACAUAGACA